UUCUGAACUACAUUCAGGUAUAAUUGUAUUUCACUGGAGCCACAUCUUAUGAAGUCUCUAAGGAUGAGAGUCUGUGCUAAGUCUGUGGUACUGUCACACUGGCUCUUUCUGGCCUACGUGUUACUGGUGUGCUGCAAGCUGAUGUCUGCCUCAAGCCAGCACCUCCGGGGACAUGCAGGCCACCACCAAAUCAAGCAAGGCACCUGUGAGGUUGUUGCUGUGCACCGCUGCUGCAAUAAGAACCGCAUAGAGGAACGUUCCCAAACUGUCAAGUGCUCCUGUUUCCCAGGACAGGUGGCGGGCACAACUCGAGCUCAGCCCUCUUGUGUUGAAGCUUCCAUAGUGAUCCAGAAGUGGUGGUGCCACAUGAAUCCUUGCUUGGAAGGAGAGGACUGUAAAGUCCUGCCAGACUACUCAGGUUGGUCCUGUAGCAGUGGCAAUAAAGUCAAAACCACAAAGUAUUUCUCUAUGGAUGGAUUAUUCUCCUCUCAAGAUCUGCAAAGGUCUCCAGGUCAGAAAGACAGUGAGUACUGUGUUAUCCAGACCAGUAUCAAAUCAGUUUUAAUGACUGUGUUUGAAGCACAGUAUAGAUAUGAGGACAAAUGA